GGGAUGGGGUUUCACGAAUGGUAGCUGGAUUCGGAUGCUGCAAAAGGUGGGCCGCGUAGAUCUAGCGCGAAAUCUCUGCCUAGAAUCGAAGAUCCAUGUAAUUCGGCGCUCGGGAGCACGCUAGAUUCCACAAAUGGAGACCAGAGUUUCCGAGGUGAGCUGGAACAGCCUCGACAGCCUCGUCUCGGGCGAUGAUCCGAGUGGAUUCGGCUCCUUCUCGGACUUCCUGGCACAGGCGGAUCAAGAUGCCGCGGCACGCCCUUUAGAUCCGGAGGAGAAGAGUGGGAACAGCGGCAAGGAGGAGGGCAAUAUCGGUUUUCCAGUGGCUCAAGGCAACGAUGCUUCGUUUGGCUAUCAGGGAGAGGAUUUCUCCCCAAAGGUCCAGAGUGGUCAAGAUUUUGGUAGCUACCAGGAUUCUCUAGAGGCGUCGUUUGGCUCUUUGGCGACAAAGGAUGCACCGAGUUACGAUCCUUUUGUAGCGAAGGGCAGCCAGGAGGUUUUCAACUACCAGGAUCCAGCUCCAACACAGGCUGCCACUACUGAGAGUUUGGGCUUGCAGUCAAGCCAAAAUACUCCGGCUGAGAAUUCUAUCCAAGCUCCAGUUCCUGCCACGACUGAGAGUUUUGGCUACCAGGCAGGCCAAAAUACUUUGCCUCAGAGUUCUUUUAGCAGCCAUCUGGGUGGGCAAGACUUUUCCAGUUACCAAGAAGAAACACUGCAAUCUUUUCCCCAGCAGACGCAUAGCUACCAGAACGCUUCCGGCUACCAAGGGAGCACGGGCCAGCGUUUUCCACAACAGAUGUUCGGCUACCAACAAGGCCAGGAUUCUUUUCCAACGCAGCAAACUGGUCAAGAGAGUUUUAGCUACCAGGGCCAGAAUUCUUUCCAGUACCAGAAUUCCUUUCAACCGCAGAUCCCCCUGGAGAAUAGAACAAGUCAAACGCAGAUUUCUCACGGUGGUUUUAGCUAUCAAACAGGCCAACCGCAGGUCUCUCACGAUAGUCUUAGCUAUCAAACGGGACAAUCGCAGACUGCUCAAGGCUACCAAGUUCCCGAGUACCCCGGAUGGACUUACAACUACCAAACUGGGCAAUGGGAGCAAUCAACUUCCGGCUACUAUGGGAGUCAGCAGCAGUUUGGACAAGGUUAUGCUAACUACGCUGGAAACAACGGCAGCACACAGGACUAUCACUCUUAUACUUCUUCUCAGUAUCAAUUCGGUCAGCCAGCAAACUAUGCGGUUACGCCUCCCAGGACACAGGAGGAAGCCUUCAGGUCGACUGCGGGAAGACCACCCUGUACUGUGACUGCGUUUGGUUUUGGUGGAAGGUUAGUGAUUAUGAAACCAAAGGGAGCCGAACAGUUCUCGACUUCGCAGCCAUUUCAGAUUUUCCAGAUGAAUCAGCUGGCAGACUUUGGUCUCGGUUACGGGCACAGCAGUGGCCCGCUUGCUGGCAACGCGUCCAUGAAGGACGUGAUGAAAUGGUUGGACGAGAAGACUAUGAAACUGGAAGAAUCUGGUAGCAGUAACCUUGCAUCCUUGCGGUAUAUGUGGGGGGUGCUUAAGAUUUGCUGCCAACACUACGGCAACCUUCGGUCGACUGUCAAUAUUGCAGCAAUGGGUAGGCAGGAUGAUAACGGACCUGAAGUAGCGCUUGCGAAGCUGCUAGAGCCAAGUAAGAGCGAAGAGUCAUGGGCUUUUGGCUCUCGCUGUCUACAGACAACUCCAACCGAACAGCAAAUGCAGGCAACUGCAUUUGAGGUGAAAAGGCUACUGAUUGCCGGAAAGCAGAAAGAGGCUUUACGGGCUGCUCAAGACGGGCAACUUUGGGGAUGUGCUCUUCUUAUGGCCCGGCAGCUGGGAGAGAAGUUCUACACCGACACUAUAGCGGAGAUGGCUCAACGUCAGUUUCAACCAGGGUUUCCCCUCCGGACUCUAACUCUUCUUUAUGCUGGUCAACAUGCCGGAGUGUUCGUAGGGAACACUAAUUUGUCAAACGUAACGGCGCUUCAACCUCAACCGGUUCCAGCGUCCGCUGUAGACGGUGCAACACAGGACGCAGUAGAAGGAAUGCUCGAAGAAUGGCAGGAAAACCUGGCUAUAAUGGCAGCUAACCGAACUAAUGGGGACGAGAGAGUGAUUAUGCAUCUUGGUGAUUGUCUCUGGAGACAUCGAGAUGAGAUAUGUGGAGCCCAUAUUUGCUAUCUUGUUGCAAAUGCUAGUUUUGAGCCUUUCUCCCCUUCUGCCAGACUUUGUCUUAUAGGUGCCGACCAUUGUAAGUAUCCACGCACGUACGCUAGUCCAGAAGCUAUCCAGCGAACGGAAGUGUACGAAUUUGCAAGAGUGACUGGCAAUUCCCAGUUUAUUUUACUUCCUUUUCAGCCAUACAAGCUUAUUUAUGCGUCGAUGCUUGCUGAAGCUGGAAAGAUAAACGAAGCUUUAAGGUAUUGCCUAGCGGUGUUGAAAACAUUGAAAACAGCGGGCCAUGCAGCUGAUGUGUGCAAAGAAGCGGCUGUAGCCUUGGAAGAGCGUCUUCGUAUCCACUCUCAGGGAGGCUCGACGUCAAUUGUGCAACGGUUUUUUGGCAAUAUUGGUCUACACAAGAUGAUAGGCCCUUCGCCCCCGAAAGCUUCUGAUAAUGCUGAUAUUAAUAACCGUCCCGCAACAGCUUCUAGCAGAAGCAGUGUAUCACUUGCCUCGUCGGCAUCAAUGGAACCCAUAAGUGAUAUUACGAGAAGAUCCAACAUGCCAGCGAGAAGCAUUUCUGAGCCUGACUUUAGGCCUGCACAGAUCGUUAGUCCAGCGAAAGGAACGCCAAACAGAGGCGUCUUUACUUCUUUCGUGCAAAGAGCGAUGGGCUUCAUAAAAACACCUUCGAAGGAGGCAAAGCUUGGCGACAGCAACAAGUUUAGAUACGACGAGACACUGAAGCGCUGGGUUGAAGAAGGAGCCGAGGCACAAGCGCCAGAGCUUCCGUUGGCUCCUCCUCCCACGGCAAACAGGCUCGUCUCGCGCGUGGAGGAGAACGGCGCUCCUAUUUCCAUGUCGCCGGAGAGACCACAGCCAACUCCGGAAAGGCCGCAACCGGUUGUGAGUGGAAUCCCACCAAUGCCUCCAAGCAGUAACCAGUACGCAGCUCGCGCACGUCAAAACGUUAGAUCAAGAUAUGUCGAUACAUUCAACAAAGGUAGCGUAACACCAUCCAAGACAUCAUCGGACUCUCCUCCACUGUUUGGCGUGGUGCCAAAGGCAAGCGCAAAGCCUUUGGCUCCAGGGAGAUUUUUCGUGCCUGCGGCCGCUGCUGCCGCUGCUCCAGAUAUCAACAGCAACCAUUCGGUGGAUCCUUACUCGGCACCGGCCUUUGUCUCCGACACGGCGUUCUCAAACGGGAAUGGAGCAUUCGCUCAGCCGGUUGUACAGGAUAUGAGAAACGAUCCGGGGCCAACGCCUGAUCAUCUCUCGAGCAGCUCUUCGCCAGCAAUGUUCUAUUCGAAUCACUAUCCAGCAGCACCGUCGACCGUCUCGUUGCCGCCACCUCCAGCUCUGGAAGUCACUCCGCCAGUGAUGGUCGAGCAGCAGCAGCAAAACCAACACCAGGAAAGUUCGAUUCAUCGGCACCACCAUCAACAGUCCGGCACAGUGGGAUUCGAAGCUGCCAGUUCCUCCGGAGUGUUUGGAGACGACUUGCAAGAGGUGGAAUUGUAAAUCACACUCCACAAGUAAGUAGUGUUGCUGGGUGGAUUUUGGUAGAGCAGUGUAGCGAAGUAGUAGUCGUGGAAGGAGGAAUUUUUUUUUGGCUGGGGUGAUUCUUUGGAGCCACGAGCGAAGCGAGGAAGCUCCUUAAAGUUGCUAGAGAAAGGAAACUCUUUACAGUGUAACAAAUAAAAGCAAAGGCCUUGUGAUAC